CGUCAUACGGCCAAGUCCCCGGAAAUUGAAACAAUGCUCAGAAGACGACUAGUUCUCUCUGACGACGAGGAUGAAGAACACAAAAAUCCACUCGGGCUGCCUUCUUCUCUGCCACCUCCGCAAUGGGAGGAAGCAGAUUUGCACGACCCAGAAAUUGAAGCUGGUUUACCGCAGCCAGCCGUAAAUUACCAAAACCCUAACCCUAACUUCUCUGAGCCAGUAGUCCCACUCUCCGACGAAGAGUUUGUGGAUGUAUCCGACGAUACCAGUUCUGCGUCUCCUCCUCCGGAGGCCGUUUCCUCUAAUGCAUCGGAGAAUCAGCAGCAGCAACCGCAACCGCAACCGCCGCCGGCCCCGGAGGAGAGCUUCGGAUGUCCGGUAGGGGAUGUUCUGUCGAGGAUGGGAUUGAGGUUAAAAAGGGAAUGGCUGGAUUCUUGUCUCGGAGGGCUUGGGAGCUCGGUUCAACAUCUUGAUGUUACGGGGAAGGCCAGGCAUUGCUUUGACAAGUUCUUAAUUUCCAACAUGAACUACUGUGGCGCAGGCGUGCUUCCGCUCAAUGUGGCUGCGAUGCACCUUGUGGAUCUCCCCGGGCCAUUUGUGUUGCAGGUUGAUGAGAUUGUUAAUAUGAGUGCUCCCCUCAAAGCUAGGUAUGAAGAUGCACAUUGCGGGCUAAAGAGGUGCCUUAAGUUAUCAAUGACAGAUGGUGUUCAACGUGUGUUUGGCAUUGAGUAUAGGCCUAUCAGGGAUCUUAAAGUUUUGGCUCCUGCUGGGUUCAAGAUGGCCUUGCGUAAUGUACAUGUCCGUCGUGGACUCUUGAUGCUGGUACCUGAAGUUCUUGAAAUAUUAGGAGGGAUGGUGGAGGAGUUAGAUGGAGCAAGACAACGUCUUGUUGAAGAAGUGAAUAAGCCUCCUAGGGGAAAGAGAGCAAGAGCAGGAGUGAAUCCUCCUUUAGCUACCAGGGGCACUCUGGCUGCAUGGCCAAUCUCUGGCAUCAAUGACCAAGGAAACACCACCAAUGGAUCUGAUAAUUCCCUUGGGACCAGCACCUCCACUAUUAAUCCUGGACUCGCCAAUGAACGCAAUGAUCGUUCUGCUAAUGUUGCUGGAUGCAGCAAUGUUCCUACCAAUUGUUCUAGAUCCUCAGCUCACUCCACUUUACACACUGCAAUCCCCUUUUCUGGUGGAGGCAGCAAUAAUCAUAUCAACAUUUCUAGAUCCCAAAAUCCCUCCACAGUACAGAGGGCAAUUUCUGCUUCUAUCAAUGUUCCCAGUGGCAGCAAUAAUUCUAGCAAUGUUUCUAGAUCCACAAAUCCGAACUCAGCCUCUUCCAGCAACUUCAGUGGAGGCAGCAACAGACCUGUCGAUGCAUUCAGAUCCACAAAUCCCUCUACCAUACAGACUGGAGGUCCCUCUCAACCACAUGACCAAGGUAAUCGUUUGGUUACAUUGCGCACCAAUUCCAGCCAGUGCACUACAAAUGGUCAUGAUAAUGGAAGAGCAGGAUUAUGUGCUGCCAGUCUAUCAGAUAGAGUUGUUUCAGAAGUUGAGGGGAUGCAUAUUGAUGCUUCUUCUCCUGUUCUCAGGGAGAGUGCUGCAUCGGAUCAAGAGGAUACUCUUAUGGUUGAUGAACUUGAGCAUCCCCUUAUAUUAUCUGGGGAUCGAAAGAUUCCAUUUACGUACUUAGCUAGUUUGUCAGCAAAAUGGGCAUCAACAAGGAUGAAAUCUUCCGUCCAGGGAAAGAUUAAGUGUCUCAUUACUGGUGUGAAGGGAUUCCAAUACAGGCAGAGAGAGACAUAUGAUUUACGAAUAUAUGUGGACGAUGGAAGCCUCAUCUCUGAGAUCCUGGUCCAUCAUAAUGUCGUUAACAAAGCUAUAGGUUAUUCACCCAUAGAGGUCACUUCUGCUCUUUCCUCCAAGGAUGCUAAGAGAGUUGGUGAUAUGAAGGACACCAUGAGACAGUUCCAAGUAUUACUAGCCAACUUUGAGGGCACAAUGCUUGUAGAAAUGAAUGGAACCUCCUCUGUUCCAGUUGCCCUCGAAUUAGACCAAGGGAGCCCUCCUGCUGAUGCAUGGCUGCUUAUGGAAAGGCUCAACAAGUUUCCUUCUCCCUCUCAACAAACAGCGGCUCAUCAUACUGCUUCUGAGACCAUUACCAUUUCUCCAUGACCCGACCCACAAUCUAUUGGU